AUGAAGGUCCGCGCUGCGGUUCCGCCUGCGAAAGCUCAAGAUGCGGCAAAGUCGGCCUCGACCUCCAAGGCAGCUGAUCAGGGCACGGCCGAAGCGGGACUUCCGAGCACCUCUGAAGGAGGCGUCGCCUACCAGUAUGCGCCAGUCCAGCAAAUGACGGAGCACAGGGAGUACAUAGAGUACCAGCUGACGGUGCGCGAGCAGCCAAAACACUCGCGCAUGUGUGGCGUGGGCGAGAAAGCCGACCGACGGCCGAUCGACCCCGCGCCUAUCGUCCAGCUCCGCGUCAUCACCCACGACCGCCCUGUGCGGGAUGCGCCCAUCUCGUCGAGCAGCACCGACCCCAUCGCUCCGCCGGUCGAAAGGGCGGCCGGUCACGGCCCAGCGGUUCCCUCGACACCCGGCGUGAGACGAGGAGUGCCGGUCACCACUGUCCACGGCGAUGGAUGGGAGGACAAGGCGUGGUACCUUGAGAAUCCCUACUACUUCAUGUACGCGAUGCUCUGCAACUACGAGAGCGACGAGGAGCUCCAUCUGCUGCAGGACGGCAAGACGCGAUACACGAGCGGCUCCUGUGUCUCGUGCCUCUAUCACCUCAAGGACAUCGACGGGUCGCACCAGGGCUUCUUUGUCUUUCCGGACCUCAGCAUCCGCGUCGAGGGCGUGUACCGCCUCAAGCUCUGCCUCUUUGAGACCAUCGGGCACACGGUCCACCACUGCAAGUCGAUCUAUUCGGCCCCGUUCAAUGUCUAUACGGCCAAGCGGUUCCCAGGCAUGGAAGAGUCGACGCCGCUGUCCAAGUCCUUCGCCGACCAAGGGCUCAAGGUACGCGUGCGCAAGCAGCCGCGGAUGCGUCGUCGCAGCUCCAAACGCAAGGAGAGCAGCCGCAGCGACGGCUCAGACGCAGACAAUCCUCCGGCCACCUUGUCCGGGGACCGCAGGAGCCCGAAGCGUUCGCGUCCGUCUGCGGAACCAGCGCCGCCGGUUCCUCCACUACCCAUCUCGGCGCCGCACCAUCGCCGACCGCUCGUCCACGACGAUGGCGCGGCCUUAGGCCCGGCUAGUAACACGCCAGCAAGAGGGCCGUACAGACAGCCGAGCGGAAGCCAUCAUCCGGAGACCGCACCUCGGCAUUUCCGCGAUGCACAACACCAACAGCCACCCCCAGUCUCGCCUGUGGCGUACCGGGAUGGCAGUCAGCCAGGCCAUCAUCCGGGGCCGCCGGCGCAGUAUCAAGGGUACGACAGGUUGCCAAUGAGGACCCCGGCGUCGAGGCACAUGGAGGAGUCGCCGAUGGGCAUGCCCAUGUCAAGGUCGCUCCCACCCCACCGCGGCUUUGACAACCAUGCCGACGAGGCCGCGCUUCGGUACGGCUACCACGAAGUCGAGCGGGAUCCUCGCGAGCGUCUCAUCCAGCCUCCGCAUCGUGUGGACGGCGGUAGGGUCGCUCCUGCGUACCCUCCUGCACCCUACGCAGACGACGAGAUGCACACGCUGCCGCCCAGAGGUCCGCCGUCGAUGGACAGCACCGUCACUCUUCGGCGCAGGGAUAGCUUUGCGUCUUACGGCGACGAGGAUCCCCGUCAGCAGGGCCGGCGAAUGGGACCACCGCCGCCUGGUGCAGGCGCAUCUUGGCAUCGUUCAGCUCCCGGUCCGCCACACGCGUCGCCGGACACGCGCAGGGGAUCGGCCGACCACCGCUACCUGCGCUCACCAGGCCCAGACCACCUCGCCGAUCAUCCGCGAUCGCAUUCGGCCAGGAUCUACUCUCCUCGCGGCCCGACGCCCGAGAGGGGGGGCCCGUCUUCGUUGAUCGCAGAUCGCCAGCGCCUCUUCGUCCCCAGCGACAGAGCCCCUGUCAGGCCCUCAGCUGGUCACUCUACGGGCCAACCUGCUGGCCACCCUGCCUACGCUGUGCCGGCUCAAGCUCAGCUCGGUGUGGCCCGGCCGUACGAGCUCGAGCGACCUGGGUACGACACGCACCGUCGACCGCAUCCCGAGGAAAGGUUCGUCGAGCCAAUGCCGACCCGGGCAGACGGUGCGGGGAUCCCGCAUCGCGGGCUCAGGACGCCUUUGCACGAGGGGCGGGUGCCGAGCCGGCCGAUGACACCGCUCGAGGUCGCGGCAGAACCUCGCGAUGGUCCGACAUUGCCACCGAUCCGGGACCUGCCUCAGUUGCCCUCGUUGCGGCGGGCUAGUCGGCACGACAGCCCCGUCACGCGACUCCCGAGGGCCGAGAGCUUCUACGACCCGCUUCCUCGCUUUCCGACGACGAGGGAAGUCGACCCGGCGAUGCGCUCCGUGUCGGCCACGCCGCCGAUCCGACGGCACCUCUCGAGUUCGCAGCUCGGCCCCUCGUCUCAUUUCCAGGAGCCUCUGCCGCCGAGGAGCCCGUUGACGGGCACGCGGCAGGCUCCGCAGUAUGCUCCCGUGGCCGUCAGAACGCUGCCUGCGCUUCCUUCGCCCGACGUCGAGCGGCCCCACUAUGGCCGAGCCGGCAGCGGACGUCUGCCUCCGCCGCCGCCGGCGCCGCCGCCGCCGCAGCAGCAGCAGCAGCAGCAGGCCGGUCCACCGUUCGAUUACGAGCAGGCCUACGGGCGGUCUCGACGCGACGAACGUCCUCGAGAAUGGGACGACGAGCGCGAGAGGGCCCUCGCAAGGGAGAGGGAGCGCGAGCGCGAGCGAGAUCGGGAUCGGCAACUGCGCGAUCGAGGCUACGGACCUUACUAG